ACAAAUGAAAACAAAAGCAAAAGUCAAGUAAAACAAACGAACCACCUUUUUCGAUUCUCCCCUCUUCUUCUCUGUUUCUCCUCCCAAACAAAGAUUUAGAGAGCUUCCGAAUCUUUUAUUCUUCUUCUUCUUCCUUCAAAUUCUUCUUCUGUUCACAGCCGAUAUUCCCGCCUUUCCCACUACUCUUCUUCAUCUCUGUGUCUUCGUUACAUUCAAAUAUCAGUUUCUUCUUCUGGAUCUCUCUCUUUCUCUUCACUUCACCUUCUUCUUCUUCUGAUUACAAGAGUCUAAUUUCAGUCUACGGAUCUUCUUCUUUCUCUUGAUGAGAUUCAAUUCCUUCAUACAAACAAUCAGUUGAUGCUCUUCUUGUUAAUCAUGUAGUUACAAUUUCUUGGAUUACUUUGACUAAUUCAAAAAUUACUUCAUCGGAGGAGACAUGGGACAGUGCUAUGGCAAAAACAGCAGCACCGUCUCAAUAGUCAGAGAUGACAACUUAGUUCCCACCGCCACCGCCUCCCCAACCACUCACCCUCAGUCUCCGCUUCCUUCAGCUACACCUACAGGUCAGUACCACGCAUCAUCGACAUCAGCAACUAGUCCAUGGCACAGCAGUCCGUACCAUAAUCCACAAGGAAACAACAGUCCUCUUCCAGUAGGAGUAUCUCCAUCUCCGGCCAGAUCGACAUCUUCUAAGUCUACUCCUCGUAGAUUCUUUCGCCGGCCUUUUCCGCCGCCAUCGCCUGCCAAACACAUCAAGGCUUCUCUACUUAAGCGGCAGGGACGGCAACCGGCGAGACAAACUUCGAUUCCCGAGGAAGAUGGUGGUGGAGCUGAAGCUGAUCAACAGCAUCAAGAACAACAACAUGAGCGUCUGGAUAAAAGCUUUGGAUACAAUAAGAAUUUUGGGGCAAAGUAUGAAUUGGGGAAGGAGGUUGGGAGAGGACAUUUUGGUCAUACUUGCUCUGCCAAAGUCAAGAAGGGGGACCUCAAAGGUCAACAAGUCGCUGUUAAGAUCAUCUCCAAAUCAAAGAUGACAACACCCAUAUCAAUUGAAGAUGUUCGGAGGGAGGUGAAAAUCUUAAAGUCCUUAUCUGGGCAUACAAAUCUGGUCAAAUUUUAUGAUGCUUGUGAAGAUCCUAAUAACGUUUACGUAAUCAUGGAGUUGUGUGAAGGUGGAGAGCUGUUGGACAGGAUAUUGUCCAGAGGUGGAAGAUACCCAGAAGAAGAUGCUAAAGCUAUUAUUUUGCAAAUUUUGGGCGUAGUUUCUUUUUGUCAUCUUCAAGGUGUGGUACACCGUGACUUAAAGCCAGAGAAUUUUCUCUUCACUACGAAAGAUGAAGAUGCCACGAUGAAACUUAUUGAUUUUGGUCUUUCUGAUUUUGUUAGACCAGAUGAAAGACUCAAUGAUAUUGUUGGAAGUGCGUUCUACGUCGCACCGGAAGUUCUCCACAGAUCAUACACUCUAGAAGCAGAUAUUUGGAGUAUUGGCGUCAUAACAUUUAUCUUAUUAUGUGGAAGCAGACCUUUCUGGGCGCGGACAGAGUCGGGCAUAUUCCGGGCUGUUCUCAGAGCUGAUCCAAACUUCGAUGAUGCCCCUUGGCCUGAGGUAUCACCAGAAGCCAAAGAUUUUGUAAAGAGGCUUUUGAACAAGGACCACCGGAAAAGAAUGACUGCUGCACAAGCUUUGACUCACCCUUGGUUGCGAGAGGAAACCAGCAUAGUGCCUUUAGAUAUACUGAUUUAUAAGCUAGUCAAGUCAUUCUAUCGUGCCACUCCUUUAAAACGUGCAGCACUGAAGUGUGUAUCCAAAGCUUUGACAGAGGACGAGCUUGUGUACCUUAGGAUUCAGUUUAAGCUCUUGGAACCUAGUAAAGAUGGCCGGAUCUCUCUUGAUAACUUCAAAAUGGCUCUCGCAAGAAAUGCAACUGAUGCAAUGAAGGAGUCGAGGGUUACAGAAAUUUUGAGUUCGAUGGGGCAACUAUCUUAUAAAAAGAUAGACUUUGAAGAGUUUUGUGCUGCUGCGAUUAGCACGUAUCAGCUGGAAGCUCUUGAAGGGUGGGAGCAGAUAGCAACCACAGCCUUCGAAUUUUUUGAACAAGAGGCAAAUCGGAUCAUUUCUGUCGAGGAAUUGGCACGGGAAAUGAAUUUGGGUCCUACUGCUCACUCAGUCCUCCGUGACUGGAUACGGAAAUCUGAUGGGAAGCUUAGUUUCUUAGGAUAUACAAAAUUUUUGCACGGUGUCACAGUGCGAAAUCCAAGUACAAGACAACAGUAGUGGUUUGUGUAUGUAGCCGGGUGAUUGGCGUAUAAUUUUAUUUCACAGGUGAUAGAAAAAGAAAAGGUUUGGUGUAUAAUUUUUGUUUCUUUUUGUAGAGGAAAAGGUGUUGUAUAAAUGUAAUGAAAAAAAAAAAAUGAUAGAGUGAAUGAAUGAAAAGUGAUCAAAGCCAGAUUGAAGUUUCUUGAAAGUAUCUGGAUAUCAUCUUCCUCCAUUGGAAAUUUAAACCUAACAAGGGCAUGGACUCUUGUGUGGCUUAUUUGAGUUUGUAUUUUAUAU